AUUAGUCGGUCUAUCCCGAAUAGCCUGUUAUCCGGCCACUCACAUUUUGAUUUGCAAUUAUCAUAACGACAAUGGCAAAUGCUCAGAAAACGCUCCUUUCAAUUCAUCACUAAACUUGAACAACAAUGAUAUCACUGCUAAUAGCCACUGCGCCACCUUCCCCCGAAACCCUAACCCUCAACUCCAGCUUGCACGGGAAGGUACCCUACAGUUUCAGGGAGCGUUUCAAAACUGUUUCUAUUCAGGCCACAGCUGCUCCCAAUGGCAAGAGGACCUAUAAGAAUUUGUGUACGAGAUAUGGCUCUUUUUAUUUUAGAGGAGAUUUAAGUAAAGAUAGAAUAAGUAUAAACAGGCUGAAAUGCUACAGUAAUGGUGAUGAAGAGAAUGAUGAUAAAGGACAUGGCAAGAGCUCUGCCUCCACAACUACAGAAAAACGGCCGGAAGAGCAGGAACCGAAACAGCCUGCUUUGGAGCCACCUUCUGCGUCAUCAAGUACUCCUCCUUUGGGUUCAACACCAAAAAAUUUUCAAGUUGAUGCAUUCAAGUUGAUGGAGCUCCUUGGACCCGAGAAAGUAGACCCAUCAGAUGUAAAAUUAAUAAAGGAAAAGCUUUUUGGUUAUACAACUUUUUGGGUUACUGGAGAAGAACCUUUUGGGGAUCUUGGUGAGGGAGUUCUAUUUCUAGGAAAUUUAAGAGGCCAGAGGGAAGAAGUAUUUGCUAAGCUCCAAAGACAACUGAGGGAAGUUGCUGGUAAUAAAUACAAUCUUUUCAUGGUAGAAGAGCCCAAUUCAGAAGGUUCAGAUCCACGAGGUGGUCCUCGAGUUAGUUUUGGUUUGCUUCGUAAGGAAGUUUCUGAACCAAGACCUACAUCUUUGUGGCAAUAUGUUGUUGCUUUCAUAUUGUUUCUUCUUACUGCAGGCUCAUGUGUUGAAUUGGGACUUGCUUCUCAGCUACAAAGACUUCCACCUGAGGUUGCCCAAUAUUUUACAAAUCCAGAAGCCACAGAGCCACCUGAUUUGCAGCUUUUGGUUCCUUACAUGAAGUCCACUUUGCCACUUGCCUACGGUGUGCUUGGAGUCCAGCUAUUUCAUGAAGUUGGGCAUUUUCUGGCUGCACUGCCGAAGAAAGUGAAACUGGGGAUUCCUUAUUUCAUCCCGAACAUCACUCUUGGGAGUUUUGGUGCAAUUACCCAGUUUAAGUCAGUCCUUCCAGACAAAACAACGCAACUAGAUGUGUCUGUAGCAGGUCCAUUGGCAGGUGGUGCUCUGUCAUUCGCUAUGUUUGGUAUUGGUCUCUUGCUUUCAAUAAAUCCGGAUGCUACAGGAGACUUGAUUCAAGUGCCCAGUCUUUUAUUUCAGGGAUCAUUACUUCUCGGCCUUAUCAGCAGGGCUACAUUAGGUUACAAUGCCAUGCAUUCGGCGACAGUUUUAAUCCAUCCUCUUGUCAUUGCGGGCUGGUGUGGCUUAACUACAACGGCUUUUAACAUGCUUCCAGUUGGGUGCCUUGAUGGUGGAAGAUCCAUCCAGGCUGCAUUUGGGAAAAACGCAUUGGUUGGCUUUGGUUUGACAACUUAUGCAUUACUUGGGCUGGGCGUGCUAGGUGGACCAUUAUCUUUGCCUUGGGGACUAUAUAUAUUGAUUUGCCAGAGGUCACCAGAAAAACCUUGCUUAAAUGAUGUGUCUGAGGUGGGAUCAUGGAGAAGGACAGCUCUAACGAUAGCCAUUUUCUUAGUUGUGUUAGUGCUUCUUCCCUUGUGGGAUGAUCUUGCAGAAGAGCUUGGUAUAGGGCUUAUUACCACUUCAUUGUAAAGAUUUAACUGUACAUACUAUAUAUUGUGAAGAUGAAGCAUUACUGGCUCCCAAUUUUGUCUUAAUUAUAUUUUAAGAAUUGCUUAAGGCCUUUGAAGGAGCCAUUGUGAAAAGAACUAGGUUGGGUUAUUUAGGCCUUGCAACAGCUAGAAGUAUAUGAAGAUCUCAAGCGUGAUUAUACUUGCCUCAUGGCAGCUUUUGUAAUUGAAAAAUUAAAAUAACUUUGCAAAAUCAAUGGCAUAGAUCAUAAUAUUGCCAAUAAUUGUAUGUCUCUGUACUACCAUAACAAUUUUUUCAAUCAACACGAUUGUUAUUAUUUUUUGGCAAUAAGAGCAUGUGGUAAUCAGAUA